CCAAAAGUAUGCAGUGCCUUUUAUUCCCAUUCAUCAUUCCGGGUUCUAGUCCAACACUUGAACGAAUAUAUACACAUUCACAAGCCUCCUCCUCUCCAAGUUCUCGUCUAUCAAUCCGCAGCAAGCUGCACCAUACCUCCAAUAAGUCCAGCAAAAGCCAUCAGAACCAUUCUGGCGACCAGAAUGAAGCAAGGCUGAUGAAACUGAUAAGACUGAACCACCACCUUCAGCAAAGGUCAGGCGAGGCUUGUGAAAAUCAAAAACAAACAGGGGACGCCACCGGCCGUAUAAACUCCUCGACGCCCGAUUGCCAGGACGCCAUGCCCCAUCAAACAGAUGGCAUAACUUGGGACGGCAGGAAUAAUAGAGAUGCACCAACAACGCAGCCGCAGGCUACUAUGAAAAGGACGUGUUCGGGGGAGGUCGAGAUAGUUGAGAGUGGCGGGUUUGGGUUUGGAUCCAGCCAGAUCCGGCGGAGACGAUGAGGCAGGUUAGGUAGGUGGUCGAAAUUUUGAGGGUAU